UAUAAUAGAUUAUACGUCUCUGGACUGACAGACUAGCUGUUUGUUGCACACGACUUAAGUUAACAAAAUGCCAAACAAUAGACCAUCACAUAAAGAGGCCACAGAAAUCGAGAGGAUGCUAGAGGAUUUCAGUACAGAUAUUGGUGAGAGUUCACAAGAGAUGUCACAUGCAGCAAGUGACUCUAGUAAGUUGCAGAAAUCAAAGCCAAAUUAUGGAAGAAGAGCAUCAAACAUCGCACGAAGUAUCAGAAGAACUAUAUUCCAGGCAGUUAAAUGCUGUAAAAAAAUGAAUGAGAUCGCACAGGAUAUUGGGGAUUCAAGUCUAGGCAUGGUGGUUAUCUGGGAAAGAAAUAGCUCUAUCAAAACUGUUGGCAAGAAAGAAUUACUGGACAAGGUCACUAAGGCCCUGAGUCGCCCUAGCUGUAAACAUGGUAAAGUUUGCGUCCCUACGUCUUCUUCAGAAAACAAUGUAGACUUUACAUCAGAGGGAGGCAACAGUAAUGUGGGACUAGAAAAUAAUGAAGACAAUUCACUCCAAACAUCAGCUCAGUGUCAAAGCAGUAAGGAGGGAGAUUCAGAGAAAAACGAGAAGGAAAAGAAAAUGUUUAGAAAAAGUACAACUGGAAAAAGGAGUCAUAGUGAAAUGCUCCCGAAAUCUAAAGAGAUAGAGCUGAGUAGUCCACAUGUUCUUCAUAAGAGGGUCAAAAUGACCUCACUUUUAAAAUCUGUUCCAUCUAUCCAAGUGAAAGUCAGCAGUGCUCAGCGUACCCAGAGUGAAGAGGGAAAAAAUCUCUCAAAAACUGCUCCUUCUAUGCAAGUUAAUGUCAGUAAUUCUCAGAGUUCUCUAAAUAAAGAGGGAGAGACACUUCUAAAACCCGAGCAGACAAAGGACGGUUGUUCUCAGAGUUUUCCAAAUAGACAGGAAGAGCCACUUCCAAAUCCACCUCUUGAUGAAAAGAAAGGCAGCAGUUCUGAGGGAAUCCAAAAUAAAGUGGGAGAUACAUGUACUCUCCCAAUACCAGCUCAUGUCCUAGUGAAAGGAAACUGUUCACAAGGCACCCCAAGUAAAGGGAAAGACACACUUCCAAAACCAACUCCUGUCCAAGUGAAAGGCAGCAGUUCUGAGGGAAUCCAAAAUAAACUAAGAGAGACUCUAGCAGAAUCAGCUUCUGUCCGAGCAGAAGAUAACUGUUCACAGGGCCCCACAAGUAAAGAGAAAGACGCUCUCCCAAAACAAUAUCCUGCGAUCCAAGUGAAAGACGGCAGUUCUCACGGUUCUAUUCUAAGAACACAGGAAGAAACAUUGUCCUCUGUAAAAGAUGAUAAAAUAAUUUCUUCAGAAGAACUGAAAGAUUCAAAAAAAGUAAACAAAUUUCCAAACAGAGGGAAAAGUAAAGUGAUUACAGAAACAGAAAUAGAGAAAGUGCUGGAGGAUUUUAGUUCUAAUCUUGGUGAAGAAUCACGUGAGACAUCAUAUGCAGCAAGUGACUUUAAAGAGCUACAGAAAUCCAAACUAUAUUAUGGAAAAAGAGCAUCCAAUCUCAUCCGGUGUAUUAGGACAACGAUAUUCCAGGCUGUUAAGUACUGCAAAAAACUGAACGAAAUCGCCCAUGACAUUGGGGAUGUUUAUCUGAGCAUGGUUGUUGUUUGGGAAAGGAACAGCUCCAUCAAGACAGUUGGUAACAAAGCAUUACUGAAAAAGAUCGCAAAGGUCCUGAGUCCCCCUAGCUGUAACUAUGGCGAUGUUUGUGACCCCACGUCUUCACAUGCAGAUGAAGAGACAGUAUUGGGAGAAAAUGGUUUGUCAGCAACUGAUAAUACCAAACUUAAAACAUCAGAACUGGAAACAGAAAACAAUGAAAGCAAUUUAUCUAAAGAGACAAACAAGCGUGUUGAACUAAAUUCAGGGAAAAAAGACAAUGGAAAUAAAGUGUCUAGAACAGUUACAAGUGGAAAAAGGAAUUCUAGUGAGAAAAAUGAAGAAUCAGAUCUAAGUCCACAAGUUCUUCUAAAAAGGGUAAGAAUGACCUCACUUCUAAAGCCAGCCCCUUCUGUCCAAGUGAAAGACACCAGUUCUCAAGGUACCCCAAGUAAUCUGGUAGAGACUCUUUUAAAACCUGCUCUAGGUAAAGACAUAGAAUCUCUAAAUCCCCAAAGUGAAAUAGGAGAAACUCUUGAAGAACAAGCCCCUGCUCAUCUGAAUGACAGUGGUUCACAGGGUCCCCCAAGUCCAGAGGGAGAGAAACUUCUAGAACCAUCUCCUGUCCAAGUGAAAGACACCAGUUCUGAGGGUUCCCAAAGUAAAUGGGAAAAGAGGCUCCCAAUACCAGCUCAUGUCCCAGUGAAAGGUAACAUUUCACCGGGCACUCCAAGUAAAGAGGACACACUUCCAAAACCAGCUUCUGUCCAAGUGAAAGGCAGCAGUUCUGAGGGAAUCCAAAAUAAACAUGGAGAGACUCUGCCAAAACCAGCUAGAGUCCAAGUGAAUAACAGUGGUUUUCAAAGUCCCUCAUGUAAACAGGCAAACACAUUGACUUGUGUAAAAGAUGGCAAAAUAAUUUCUUUAGAAGAGCUGCAGACGGAAGUAGAGUUAGCAUUGAAGUCGCCGAAUACUAAUAAUGCCCCAAAGUUUUAUCUACAAAAAAUACCCAGUGGUGAUGAAAAUUUCAACAAGGCAAUAAUCAAUUCUUCAGGAGGAACAGAGAAAGUCACAAGUGUACAAACUCGAGCACUGCCUCAACCGACACAGCUUGUACCUAUAAACACGCAGAGAUUACCUCACAGGCAGCCGAUGUUCCUAGUGGCCCCCACCCCUGUGACAGGCAGGAAUAGUCCAAAGCUCUCAGCAGCCAUUACUGGAGGUCAGUCUCAAGUUCGCCCUGUCAAAGUCUUUAUCAACCACCAAAUCAUACCCUCAUUUCACAAGAUAGGAAGUCUGGCUGCGAAAACUCACACUAUGAACUCGACUCAGAUCAAUAAUUCUCCUGUAGCAUCAACUUCUGCUCAGAUGAACUCAACUCAGAUCAGUAAUGUGUCUGAUUUAGCAGCAACUUCUGCUCAGAAAAACUCAACUCAGUUAAGUAAUAUUUCUGACUCGGUGACAACUACCACUCAGAAGUCUAGUGAACCAGAGCAUGUACCAGAUUCAGUGACAGAGAGCUGUUCGUCAGAAGCAGACGAGUUGAAGUUCUCGAUUGUUGUAAAAGAAACAGACACAGGAGAGUACAAGAUGUAUAAAGUACCUAUCUCUAACACAGACCAACAAACCCAGGAGGUCAUUCUCCCAGAACUAGAGGGUGAUGGAGGUGUCACUGUGAAAUGUGAGCCAACAGAGGAAUGGUCUGGUAUUACACCUUAUUCACAAAGUCAAAGUGGUGUGACCUCACCUCAUUCACAAAGUCAAAGUGGAGUGGCCUCACCUCAUUCACAAAGUCAAAGUGGUGUGACUUCACCUCAUUCACAAACCUGGACUGGUAUCAACGCUUCUCAUUCACAGAACCAGAGUGCUAUCUCUCACACAGAAUCCAGUGAAAUGGGUGGAGACAAUGUCAUUGUGAAAACUGAACCAAUGGUACCAAGUGUAUCUUCACAUCAUAGAAAUACAAACAUCAACAAGUAUAAAAAUCCUCAAAGAAUAACAAGGUCUGUCACACGGGGGCAAACUCAGAAGGUAGUCGAGUGUCCGUACGAAUACGCUCUACAACUGGAUUCUGUUCCAAAGAGAAAAAAAGAAUCCUUAAUGACAUUCUGGUACAGCUGUAAACAAUGCUGUAAAUCCUUCAAAUACGCCAGCUCCCUGGAGGUUCAUAAGCAAAUGCAUGACCUCGAAAAGACAAAAAAGAAUCGGUGUUACAUCUGUGGGAGAACCUGUGCUGUCGCUAGGAGCCUGAUGAUGCAUAUGAAGGCACACAAUGAGCCCACGGAUAAGUCUGAAAACACAUUCCAGUGUUUUAAAUGUGAUGAGAGCUUUUUCCACCAGGAUAAUUACCAGGUUCACAUGAGGAUGCAUGCAAACAAGUAUGAGGAGCAGCAGGGGCACGUGAGGGUUCAUGAAGGACAAAAAGAAAAGAAUGAAUCAGUCAACCAAGCAUCAACUUCAAAUCAGCCAGUAAUUCCUACAGACCAGGGAGCUAUGGAGGGGGAAACUCUAUACAAGAGAAACAGGCAGAAGAGGAGGAUAAUAGUAGACGAUUGUGAGAGAGGGUUGAUUCCUACAGAGACAAUGAAGCGACAAUUCAGGGACACCUCAGACAUCACAGGUCCUAUGGAAUACGCUCCCCCAACCAAAAAACUCAUGCAUCUGAAGGAGAGUCGGGACUCUGAGAGGCUUUUAUCUAAACCUGGAAGAUCUGGUUUAUCCCCGACUGCUUCUAAGUCAUUUUCUCGGAAUCUUGUCACACCGACAACUGACCAAAGAGAAGCACCAGUCUCAGAUCAUUCAAAUCUUGAAGACUUUGAUUCAACCUUGGAGGAACAAGGUACAUGGCUGGUGGAGACUAGAAUCAAAGAAGAACCUUUAGAUGAUCAGCCAGAGUUCACCCAGUCCUCCAGCUCACUCAUACAGACCUCUACAGAAAUACAGAAAAAACAGGGAACUGUGAUGAACCUAUAGACCUCUACAGAUCUACCAAGGGAGCAAGUGAUAAAUAUACAGACAGAUCAAAUCAAGACGGAACCCUCAUCUAGUGAUCCCCCUUAAUCCUUAAUCAAAUACGAUCUCUAUUAACACUACUGCAGAUUAGACCCUAAGUUGACAGAUCUACCGAGGAAACGUGAUGAACAUACUGAUGGAUCAAAACAAGACGGAGCCCUCAUCUAGUGUCCCCCCUUAAUAACACUGCCUGUGUAAGUCAUUAGCUAAUGAACCCUCAACUGUUCCCCCUCCCCCUCUUCCAUCACAACAAUGCAAGUUCUGGGGAAAAAUUGACAGCUGUGGAAAAUGAACAUGAGAAAAGAAAAGCCUCAUCAAGAACUUGGGAGAGGAUAUAAUACAGUGAUUAUUACAUGUUAUAAAGUAUGAUCAUGUAUGAAAUAUUUGACCCAAGAGUCAAAGAAAAUUCCCAUUGGCCAGAAUGGACAU